AUGAAGUCCUCCACUGCUGCCAUUGCUGUUCUCACUGUGGCUGCUCUCUGCUACCAGGUCUCCUCAAGUCCACUUGCUGUCAGGCCCCGCAGACCCUGCUGCUACAAUUUCUUAAACAAAGCGCUUCCCCCAAGCAAGGUGGUGAUGUAUGAGUACACAGGAAGCGGGUGCCCCUACCGCGGUGUGAUAUUCACCACGGUUGAGAAGAAGACGUGCUGUGCCAAACCAGAAGAGAAGUGGGUUCAGGAUAUCCUGAGCGUGGAGAAGCACAAGGACAGCAGCCAGUGA